ACCGCCGUGCUCCCGCCGCCGCCGCCGCCGCCGCCACGCGCUGGCGUGACUCCCGGCCCGCGCCCUCCCACGUCUGCAGCCGGCUCGGCUUUCUGCCCGCCCAGACGCCGCUUCUCCCGGCUCCCGGCCCUCGGCUCCGCGGAGGGAGCGGAAAUGAGUGCGGCGUCGGCGUCGGCGCCCGAGCGGGGUUGGAAGAGCGAGAAAGUGGACGAGGCUCAGGCCCUGGCGCGGAGUUGCGCUGCCCGAAGACCCGACUUCCAGCCGUGCGACGGGCUCUCCAUCUGUGCCACGCACAGCCACGGCAAGUGCUUCAAGCUGCACUGGUGCUGUCACCUAGGAUGGUGUCACUGCAAGUAUGUGUAUCAGCCUAUGACCCCUGUGGAGCAGCUUCCAAGCACGGAGAUUCCUGCAAAGCCUCGGGAACCCACAAACACCAUUCAGAUCUCAGUCUCACUCACUGAACACUUUUUGAAAUUUGCAUCUGUCUUCCAGCCACCCCUCCCCCCUGAUUCACCAAGGUACUGUAUGAUCUCAGACCUCUUUAUCGACAACUAUCAGGUUAAAUGUAUUAAUGGGAAGAUGUGUUACGUGCAGAAGCAGCCGGCGCCACAUUCCCACAAAAUGAGCCCUGAGGAGGUCUCUACACAUGAUGCCUUAAUUUCAAGAGAGAGCAGUACACCAAAAAUAGAUCACUGCUCUUCUCCCUCAAGUUCUGAGGACUCCGGGAUCAAUGCCAUUGGGGCUCACUAUGUGGAAUCGUGUGAUGAGGACACAGAAGAAGGAGCAGAACUGAGUUCAGAGGAAGAUUACAGUCCGGAGAGCAGCUGGGAACCAGACGAGUGCACCCUUCUCUCCCCCUCACAGUCUGAUCUGGAAGUGAUUGAAACAAUAGAAACCACCGUGUGAGGGUCCGAGCAGGAAGCCAUGGCCUCUGAUCCAUGCUGAGCUUUUGUACUCGGGUCUGGUGGAUCCUUUUCCCACCGCAGUUGGUAUUUUCUACCCCACCCUAACAACCAUAGCGGUUCACUGGUCUGCUGAUUAGCUUCACUCUUAAAUUAGUCUUAGAACUAAGACCUUCUUUUUCUUAUAAA